CCUCUCCUCUUUUCUUUUUUGACAGUCAGUUAAUAAAGACUCAACAAUAAGCAGCUGCCUGUGAUGUCAUUUGGGACUUUGUCCACAGAGCUUGUAUUUACAAGUACUGAGCAACUACAUAGCAGCAGAAAACCCAACUAUCAGCAAACUUCAUGUCUGCUGUUGCUGGAGGACUUCAGUAGUGCUCUGGAUGGUGCAGAAAGCUAACUCUGUUCUUCAAACCACAGACUUUUAAAGCUUGGUAAAUAAACACUGGAUAAACUCAAGAGAAUUUCUGGACUGCAAAGACUUACGGAUCUGAGUUCUCCAGGGCUGGCAUGUUUUGACUGAACUGCUGCAAUGAUACUGGAAACAGUCUGAAGCUUCUAGUAGAUCAGAAGGAAAACAAAUAACCUCAGCUAUGGAGAGAAAAAGACUACUACAGAAAAGGGAAAUUGGGAAAAGACUUUCUCUGGACAGCAGCCUUGUGGAGUAUAUGGACUCAAACAAAUACAUAGAGCAUCUAGUGACUCAGCUAGAGGAACAACGCUGGAAUUUAUGGAGGCAAAAGCUGUCUGUGGCUCGGCUGCAGCGAGAAGUUGCACAAAGUAAGAGCGAAGGAACCAUGCGUGAGAAACUGAUACAUGAGUUGGAGGAAGAAAGACAUUUAAGACUCGAGAGUGAAAAACGAUUACGGGAGGUAACACUGGAGUCAGAGCGUAACAGAGCUCAGAUGCGUGGCCUACAAGAGCAGUUUUCCAGAAUGGAGGAAACGGUGAGAAAUCUGCUACAGAGCCAAGGAUCCCCAGGCCAGAAUGGAGAAGGAACUGUCAAUAUCAUGAAGGCAUAUCAGGAAAAACUGUCAGAAGACAGUAGGAAAUGCAAAGAAGGCAUGGAAAAAAAUCACACAGCAGCAGAUGAAGAUUCAAGAAGUGAAAGCAACAGCACUGAAGAGGAAAAAGAAAAGACAAAAUUGCUAUUGGAGCGUUUGAAAGCUCUGGAGGCAGAGAAUUCAGCACUGGCUCUUGAAAAUGAAAAUCAGAGAGAACAGUAUGAAAGAUGUCUUGAUGAGGUAGCUAAUCAGGUUGUUCAGGCUCUACUUACUCAAAAGGAUCUGAGGGAGGAAUGUAUAAAGCUGAAGACAAGAGUUUUUGAUUUGGAACAACAGAAUCGGACGUUAAGUGUGCUUUUCCAGCAAAGAGUCAAACCAGCUUCUGACCUCCUCCUUCAGAAACUCCAUUCGCGCAUCCUAGACCUCUCAUCUGGAGAUUUGCUGUCAGAAGUAGAACGGAACAGAAGCUCGGUGCAGUUGCGACCUGCUGAUGCUCAGAUUCACGAAUGCCAACAGAAUGUGAAAUCCACUAUACCUGUCUUGAAAUGCCACAGUCAAUUAAAUGUGACAGGUCCUAACCGCCUAUAUCCCCGGAGCAGCUGCAGUAGCAGUGAACUCUCCCUUUCAAGUGCUUGCAGUGAAUAUUCCAGUGGUUCCUCCUACACUUGGAAUGAUGGGAAGACAUGCAGCAAAAGGUCAUCCGUGAGCUGGGAUAAAAGAAUAAGCAUUGGUUCUUCACUCCCAAGCAACCUUUCUAGUCCUGCAGAUGAUCUGCCUCCAACUCGUAUCAAGGAAAACCAUAUCCUAGAAGGACUGAAGAAAUUACAGAGGCAAAAAGUAUUACUUGAAUCACCUUCAGUAAUAUCGAAAUGGGGUUACAAAGAUUGCAUGAACUCCAACGAAGGAAUAUAUUCCCCUGGAGUUAAAUGUGGCAGCCAUCAUGAGCAGACUCACUGUAAGCCAAUGGAAAUAGGAAGUAUUUGCACUGAACAUAACAAAACUUUCUCUUACGAUUCAGAUUCACAUGAUGAUGCGGAUGAUGAUUCUUCAUCUUUAUUGUUGCUGCAGGAAUUACCAAGCAAAGACUGCAGGAUCUAUUGUAAUAAAUUAACUCACAGUGUUUCUGACAGUCUCUUUCACUGGGAUCCUAAUAGGAAACAUUUUCCAGAAAGAAGUUCAUAUUUUAAUUCAAAGGAAAGACCAGAAAAAUUGACUAGUUUUGUCAGUGGAUUUCAGGCGGAAGUAGAAUCAUGCACCAGAACAAAGCUGCCUGAUUUACAGUUAGAUCAAAGCCUUGCUAAUAUAGGCUGGAAGGACCUUAAUUUUCAGCUUUCAGAUACUGAUGACAAUGAAGUCUUGGAUGAAUUGCAUAUAGAAAGCAGUGAUGAGAAAAGUCCAUCAGAUUUAUUAGCAACUCCUUUUACUGAGAAGUACACAAAGAACUCUGACGAGCUCGUAGUCACGGAGAAUUCUCAGUUUGUACCUAGUGACAAAGAGGAAGGACAGACAUCUGUUCACUCAGAUAUUAGGCCAAAGACAUGUAAUUUCAUUAAACAACAAAAAGUCAUAAAAAAGACUUCUUCUGAAGAGUGCAUUACAGUAAUAUUUGAUGCUGAGGAUGGUGAGCCCAUUGAAUUCAGCUCACAUCAAAUUGGAGUUGUCACUGUAACACGAAAUGAGAUAUCAAUCAACCAACCAGAAAGUAGGUCCAGUGCAGAAUAUACUGAACUUAUACCUCAGGGAAUAGCUAAUUUGCAGACAGGAGCAAAUGCUAGAGACUACACUGUUUUGGAAGGACCUGAAGACAAAACUAAGAAACAGCCUCUCGAAGAUAAUACAGGGAAUAAAAAUACAGUUGUCUCCAUGACCUGCAGUGAAUCUUCACCGUGUGGAAGAGUAAUACUGCAAAAUGCCCCACAACAAAAAACAGUGAAGCCAGUGUAUGAUGUAUCAUACAAGACCAAUUCAAGCCCCAUUGUUCAUGCAGGAAUCAAUCAAAAGCCAAUCUUGACUAAAAUACCCAGCAGAGGUAAAUUUUCUCCACAAAAAAACAAGAUGACAGAGAGUGAGGAGGCACCUGCAGCUACAUCAGUGACCUCUGCAACCCUUGAAAAAUCACCUGCUCUGCCACCUGUAAAGCUUUCAAGACUCAAAAAGGCACAAAGUCCACCUCGUAAUUUUGAUUCAAAAGUCGACUUCCAGAUUCCAAAGCCCCCUGCCCACCCCCUGCCCAGCUCAAAGCGUCCGGGCAGAGGCAAUGGGACAAAGUACCCAAAGAGUCAGAGUCCAGCAUCACCACUGUUGCCUCAGCACCUUAUAGAGCCUACUGACUAUGGAGAACCUCCAACUAGAGACUCUAAUAAUGAUUUAGCAACUGUAGAAGCCAGGUCGCCAUCCCCACCCCUUCCUCCAGGCAGGUCAACAUCCCUAUUGAUUCGGCCUGAUUAUGGUCAUUCACCACCUGUAGCUAUGAAGUUAGGAGGAGCUAUUUCAGGUGAAACAGCAAAAAAUAUACUGAAAUCAUCAUCAUUAAAGGGAACUGCAAACUCUGGCAUCCAUAAUCAAUCUGGUCGUGAUAUGCAAGCAAAAAGUGUAUCUUCUGGGGCCAAAAUUGAGUUAUCUUACCUUCAAGAAAAUUCUGAAGCAAUUAUGCAAAAUAAAUGUAUAUCUCAGCAACCCCGUAGUGCAUGCCAAGGACUUUCCAAAGUUUUCACAAAGCAAGUCUGCCUAAAAAACACUAAUCAGAUGGGUCUCCACAGGAACCGUGAGUUUCUGAGCACAGAUUCUCAGACAGGCAGGUCCAAUCCUCUGGGUCCAUCACUGGAAAUAACUUCACAAGAAGCACAUUCCAGCAAGAAGGAUAUUUCCAGUGACAGUGGGGUUGAUCAGCCACAAAAGAUGCCAAACGUUCUCCCAGCAACUCCUCAAUGUCAUACAACAAGUGCGAGUGAGCCCUUGCUAUCUCAGGUAAAUAAUUCUCCAUUGUCAACACUGUUUCAUGGUAGUGACACUGCAAAUGCGACACAAAACUCUAAUGAGAAAGGAGUGAAAACCCGUCUUCCUGUAGGACUGAAAUUAUUUGUCAAAUCUCCUCAACUUCUCCGAAAGAGCUCCACUGUCCCAGGGAAGCAGGAAAAAGAUAGUAUAAAUGCAGCUUCCAAAAGCCACGUGAGUACAAGUAAGUACAAGCAAAAUGAAUGUGCAGCCACCAAAAGUGCAAUGGGUGCUGAAUUAAAAGACUCUAAGUCUGAUAAUGAAAUAAAAGAUAAUUUUACUGUGAGACUUAGUAUGGAUACGGCAUCACCUCAUUCACAUGAAAAUGAUAGCUUGGUGGUAGACAGAGUAGAUGAAUUAGAAAGAAAAUUAGUUAAGAGAUCUUUUUCUUCUAGCAACAAGUCACACUUGAAACCAGCUCUGGGCAUGAAUGGAGCGAAAGCUCGAAGUCAGAGUUUCAGCAUUCAUACAGGAGAAAAGUCAUCUGCCCUUGUGACAGAAGGUCUUGGAAAAGUACGGACUCAGAUCAUUACAAACACUUCUGACAGAGGAAAUUCUCUAACAAGGCAGAACUCAGCCAUGGAAGGACUUCAAAUCAAGGUCAUUCCUGGGUCAGCAGCAACACAAGAGACUCUUUCAAAUACUUCAAAAAACACAGAAAAUUCUUACUCUAGACAAGGUUCUCUUGGAAAUAAUAGCAAUAACCAGCAUGGAAGCCCAAGCAAACUGCCAUUCAGAUCAUCUCCAAAAGUAGACUCGUUUCGAAACACUUCAAAAUAUGAUGGAAACAAAUCAUUUUCUGUGAAAGAUGCACGCAGUCUAUCUGUCCAGAGUGAGAAAAGCAGUGAAAAUUUAAAACACGAAGCUCUAAAUAAAAAAAGUGUUUUGCCAGCAGAAUUGGAGUUAGAUGCUCCAGCGACUGUAUCUUCCAAACAGAUUUCAUCAUUUCAUAGCUUGGGUGGAAUAAAAUGUCCACAUAAACUGGAAGCAAUAAAAUCACAGAGACAGCAGAUGUCUUUAAAGUUAGCAGAAGCCUCUCAUGUUACUGAUGUUUUUAGUUCACCUGCUCUACAACCUACAAUAGAGGAGAAGGUCAUGUUGUGCAUCCAAGAAAAUGUCCAGAAGGGUCAGGAACAAAACAAAUCUCCCACUGUAGAGACUAAACAAAAGACUGGGCCCUCUAUAGCUAGUUGGUUUGGCUUUCGGAAGAGUAAGCUGCCAGCACUGAGCAGCAGGAAACCCGAUGUUCCUAAAACAAAGGUAGAAAAAAAAGAACCAAGAGUUUCAGGAUUUGGAAUUAAGCAGUCAAAAAUAGAGAGAAGAAAAGAAAAAAAGCAAACUGAACAACACUGUGAAGUGGAAAAUGAAAUUAACAGGAAAACGGACAGCGGGGACUUUUUAGAUGAUGCUGUGGAGUUUAAAAUUUUGAAGCCAUCACGAAGCACAUCUGGCAAGAUUGGAUGUGAACAAAUCAGAGGGUCCACCUCAGCUACAUACUUACCAAAAGACAGUUUUAUGAAAGAGCUUUUGAACAGAGUUGAUAAGAAAGCAGCUCAGCAGACAGAAAGUGGAUCAAAUAAUGUUUCCUACAGGAGUGUGUCGAAGGGCAGCUCCCAGGGCUCCUCUCUUCACAGCAACUCUAUCAGCUCUCAAGGAAACCACAAGAAAAACAGCAACACGAAAGCUGAUAUGGAAAUGCAGAAUCAGACCCUGGCUAACGUAGUCACAGAAAACCUGCAAGAAGAAGAGGAGGACACCAUGACAAGGACUACAUGUCAGAGUCAUGUGAUAGAGUCUUGCUGCCAGAUGAGAACGCUGGACAGCGGGAUUGGAACCUUCCCACUCCCCGACUCAGGGAACCGAUCUGCGGGGCGACACGUGUCUAAGCAGGAAUCGACCUUGGAAACAGAAGCCCUCACACCGUCUGAGCAAGUUCUUCUUUCAGCUCCUUCAGUAAAAGCCAAAACUCUUGAGCGAGAAGUGCCUUCAACAGCUAUGAGUCAGGAGUCUGUGGAAAGCAUAAUUAGUCACUCAACAUCUGAUCCAGCCAUGACUGCCAAAGGUAUACGACCUUUUCAGAGUCGCCUUCCAAAACCAGAUUCCUCAGGAAUAAUUAACCUUGCAAAGCAAAGUGAACGAGAACCAAGUUCUGUGACCUCUACCUCAUUAGAGCUUACUGAAGAAACUGUAGAAAAUAGAAAAGCUCUUUCAGAUUGGACAACCAAGAAAACUACAAAAACAAAGGACAGAGCUCUAAGAGUGUGCACUUACUCUGCCAGCAGCAGUGACACUGAACCGGAGCCCGAGUAUGGAACAAAUUAUUUUCGAACUGCAAAGGAGACGUUAGUAGAGUUAACAAAGAGCAACAAACAAGCUGAGCAGGAAGAGCAGAAGCAGAGAAGGUCAGUUCUGGGGAACCCAAUGUCAAUCUUGGAUUUAUACCAACACAGUCUCUAUGGCCAUUUUGGAGAGGAUGGACCUGAACAAUUAACACAUUUCAGUUUAAUUGAGCAGCUGAGUGGACCUUCCAGUAAAGACAGCAAAGGCAAAGAAAGCCCAACUCUCAGUUGAUGUACCUUGGGUAUUCAGAGGUAACCUGAAGUGAAUCUGGUCCAGAGCUCAAAAGAGAGGAUUACUAGUGUGGAAAAUUACUACCCACUGCCAACUGCCAUUUGCAGUGUAAGUCUUGAAGAGCAAUUCCGUUUUCCAUCAGUAUGCUGGGUGACUGACAUGCAGAUAUUACAGGCCAGGAACUCAGACAUCACUAGAGUGAGGAGAUAAGUGCCCUUGUAAUUACCAAAAUAAAUAGUCUUGUUCAAAAAAGCCAAAGGUGGGGGAUGAAGACAGGUAAGAACACAGCUAAUACGUAGGAACAAGAGUCUGAGAAUAGCUCAACCAUACAGAAAAAUGACCCCGAUUACUGAAAAUGUCAGUGAAAUUACAUGUUGUAUGAGUAUGAUCCUGCAUUUACUGGAUUUGAGACUUUUUUUUUUUUUUUUUUUUUUUGCUACGGUCUAAUGUUGGAUAGAAUUUGUCUAAGAGCUCAAUUUUGCAUUAGCUUUCAAAAAUCAUUAUUUUACUAUGCUUUUUCCCCUCCUUGAUGCUAUUCUAAUUGGAUGUCUCAAUUGAAAAAAGAUUCCUCCAAGCCCUUAGUCUAGGCUAAAACUGUAAUCCAUUGUUUAUAAAGCCCAUUCUUUGUUGAAACAAGCAUCAAUGCCUUCAUCAAAAUAACUCCUCAGCAGGAAAAACCUCUUUAUACUAAAAUAUUGUGUGGUAAAAUUAACUCUGAUGGCUGAUCAGUGGAGGUGAGGACCACAUUGUUCCAAUAACGUUCAGCAGGUUAUCGCUGACAAAAUGCCCCUAAAAAUAAAGGAAUAGUAUUGAAUUUAAAAUGUCUCUCAUGUCCAAUAACUUUGUUGCCAAACUUAUCUUUCAGCGUGAUUUUUUUUUACUGUGCUUUUUUUUCCCUUCGCUGAAAAAUAAGUACAAUUUUGUUAUUGAACUCCCUCCGUGAGUAAAGCUAAAAGGAUCUCUGAAAAGUAAAGCAAAGUAUCCUCUGCAUGCCUUGUUCAUGUUCAGUCUCUUAUGUUCUAAAAACUGAGGAUCAGCUUCCUUUCUCACCAUGGAUGCCUCUUCCUUAAUGCCAUGUGAUGAGCCUCGGGUUGCAGUGAGCAUUGCUUCUAGUGGGCAUGUUCCUUCUGUGAGAAGCAUAAUUGGUCAUUCUACCAAUGUGAACAGAACCAGGUCCUGAUUAUCUUCUGGAAAAAGUAUGUAUUCAAUUUAUUUUCUUUUUAAUAUAUCCCCCUGAACACACUUGACUGAGCACCUGUAUAUUACCAAUGUAAUUACCAGUUUCCAGGGGAUUAUCACAGAAUCACAGAAUGGCCAGGGUUGGAAGGGACCUCAAGGAUCAUGAAUCUCCAACCCCCCUGCCACGUGCAGGGCCUUUAUGCUUUAUUAUGCUGCCUUACAAAGUUUUAAAUAAACUUUGCCCACACAUUGCUGAUCCACCCUGUGGCCAUUCUGAUGCUUUGUGAGACAACAACCAUAUUUGUGACAUUCCUUUCAUAUUGAGCAAAAGGUAAAAGGUUAGACUUACCUUACCUUGAAGUUGGGACCUGAAAGUUCAUCUUUAUUAAAUUAUGCAGAAGUUCAGAGAGGGUUUUUAUAUGCCUAAUCAGGUCAAACAGUUUUGUCCUAUCAACAUAGAAGUCAUGUUCUUUGUAAAUUGUGAAGAUGGCAUUCUUGGCAUUAGAGUGCUGAAUGCACCCAGUCGUCUCAUCACUUUGUGAGAACUGUGCUUUUAAAAGCACAAGGCACAGUUCACUAAGACAUUUUAUCAUGUAAACCACACGAGGAUUCAAGCCAGACAAUGUAAGUCUCAGUUCCUCAGUCCCCUGUUCAUUAAGCAACAGCUAUUUUCUCCAGAUCUGCAGCUACGAGUUAUACACGGUUCAUGCUAAUCAGCUUUAUUUCCUCUAAGGUAAUUUUCUUACAAUUCAGGACCAUCAGGAAUGAUCUCCUAAAAUUUAAACAUAUUUCUAGAUUGUUACACUUAAAUACAUUGGGUGAGCUUUGGUUCUGUUUUGUUGUUUUUAUAUUACCCAUAAAGUCAAAUGUGGUCAGUAUUCACCCAUGUAUAUAUGGCUUUCUCAUACACUGCUGUGUGAGACUAAUGAGCUUAAAAAUACUCCAUAUCAAUACAUCUUUUUUUUUUCCCCAAGAAAAUAAGUUAGCAAGUAUUGUUUAUCUUGAAAAUCUGAUGAUGUUUCUUUGAGAAUGUCAUUUUUGUGCCAUCGCAAAAUAUCAUGGGGUUUCUGCUCAAGUGGGGAAAAGAAGUGUGAUUCAUUAUUUCAAUAAUUAUUUUACUGUCAAUUGAGAAAAUAGAUGAAGGCUUCUGAUGAUAUACAGGGGAGAGCAAGUCUUAACUUAUUAUUGAAGGUUAUGCUUUAAAGAGAAAGAAGUUCAAACGUCACAUUUUUAGCUCAGCUGUGAUACAGCAGAAGUCUGUAAUAC